AGUUUGUAAUGUAACACCUUGUAUGUGUUGUGUUGUUUACGUAUGCAAAUUGAGAAGAAAUCAAGCAAAGCCAAGGAAAUGAAGGGGCUUUGACAUUUCCAAUUUUCUAAUAUUUAAUAUUCGCUCAUUCCAAUUUUCAUCACAAACACACACUGCUACACCAAAAACCGAAGCAAAACAAGUGAAUCAAGACUCUACUUCGUGUUCCAAUCAGAGGAUAUAGAUAGAGAAUUAUGAGUCGAUUGAACAAAAAUAAAAGUAUUUGUAGUGAUGGUAGUGCCAGUAAUGAAUCUUCUUCAAGUGGAAUAACUGGAGAAAGGGAUGAUCAUCUUGAUCAUGAAAUUGCACAGCUCACAAAACUUAGGUCAAGUCCUCAUGAGCUUUUGGGUUGUGUUGUUCCUGGUAGGAUGAGGUUACCUGUAUCUACUGUGAGAAUGUUGGUUGGUAGAGAAGGUAAUUAUUCUGGAAGAGGGAGAUUUUCAUCAGCAGAUGGAUGUCAUGUGUUAAGCCGCUAUUUGCCUACCAAAGGUCCUUGGAUUGUGGGUCGGAUGAAAAGCCGUGCGUAUGUUUCACAGUUUUCGGCUGAUGGUUCUCUUUUAAUUGCUGGAUUCCAGGGAAGCCACAUCAGGAUCUAUGAUGUUGACCGGGGCUGGAAAGUUAAAAAGGACAUCUCUGCUAGAAUGUUACGAUGGACAGUAACUGAUACAUCUCUCUCGCCAGAUCAACUCUAUCUUGUUUAUGCCAGUAUGUCACCAAUUAUCCAUAUUGUUACUGUGGGAUCUGGCACAAUAGAAUCAAUAGCAAAUGUUACAGAAAUUCACUAUGGAUUAAAUUUCUCUUCUGAUAAUGGUGAUGAUGAAUUUGGAAUUUUCUCUGUCAAAUUUUCAACGGAUGGGCGGGAGCUUGUGGCUGGAACUAGUGAUUGCUCGAUAUGUGUAUAUGAUCUUGGAGCAGAUAAGCUGAGCCUUAGAAUACCUGCUCACCAGUCUGAUGUUAACACUGUCUGCUUUGCUGAUGAAUCUGGCCAUCUAAUAUAUUCCGGUAGUGAUGAUAGUUUUAUCAAGGUGUGGGAUAGGCGUUGUUUUGUCGCCAAAGGACAACCAGCUGGUAUCUUAAUGGGACAUUUAGAAGGCAUUACAUUCAUUGAUAGCCGUGGGGAUGGUCGAUAUUUAAUUUCUAAUGGAAAAGAUCAAACUACCAAAUUAUGGGAUAUAAGGAAGAUGUCUUCUAAUGCAAUAAAUCUUGGCCUUGGAGAUGAUGAGUGGGACUAUCGAUGGAUGGACUACCCUGAAUAUGCAAGAAAUUUAAAGCAUCCUCAUGAUCAGUCAUUAGCAACAUAUAAAGGUCACUCAGUGUUGCGUACUUUAGUGCGCUGUUAUUUCUCUCCUUCGUAUAGCACUGGUCAAAAGUACAUUUACACAGGGUCUAGUGAUUCAUCUGUUUACAUAUAUGACCUGGUAAGUGGUGCACAAGUUGCAAAACUUGAUCAUCAUGAGGCACCUGUAAGGGAUUGUAGUUGGCACCCCUAUUAUCCAAUGAUGAUCUCUUCGGCUUGGGAUGGUGAUGUUGUCAGGUGGGAAUUUCCUGGGAGUGAUGAAGCCCCUGCUUCUCCAAAUAAAAGAGAAGGUCGAAUUCGUAGGAGAAAUUUGCUUUAUCUAUAGUUCAUGCUCUUUGUACAUAUGUGUCUGGAUCCAUACUAUAUUUUGCUAGCUACAUGGGAUUUCUCGUGUCUUUCUUUUUACUUCUUCUAUUUUCCUAGUUAUAGAAAGGGUCCCCUAAAAAAAAUCUGCUACAUUGAUCUAUACCUUGUUCUUUACGUUUCUAUGGAUGAACAUAAAGCCUCGGUUAGUGUACAGUGUUGUCCCCUAUUAAACGAGCACAAUUCCUUGCUGCCCUA